AUGCUCCGCAUGUAUCAUUCAGAAGUUGCUGUCUACCAGAGACUACAUAAUGUCCAGGGCAAGCUGGUGCCACAGCUAAUCACAUCUGGCUUCCUGGAUGGUAGUUUUAUGACUGAGGUCAACAACCAGGAUCAAACAUCGUUUCAGAUCAAGGGAAUCCUACUACAGUAUAUCGAAGGCUUUACCCUCACAAAUCUCAUCUCUCAGGCGCCACAAAGUAGCUGGCAAAAUAUUAUCAACCAAGCCAUUCGGAUCACCCACAUCUUAGGAGAUGAAGAGAUCCUCAAUGCCGACAGCCGGCUGCGACAGGGGGACGAGUCGGAUUUCGACUGGGGGCGUGCGAAGUGGCAGCAGGAUGAGGAGGGUGCGGUCGGCUUGGUUAUGCGGCACCGGCUACGAAAGCUUGGGGUGGAGAUAGCUUUUUGUCCAUCACUAAGAUAUUUCGAGUUCGCCGAGCGGGAGGACGAAUGA